AUGUCACUCGUAAUAGUAUUUGUGUGGCAAAGGAGCACAUUAUAUGCGGGGGCAUUCCUCCUGUUAUUUUGGGUCAUUGAAGGUUCUUAUUUGUCAGCGGCUGUAAUAAAGGUUCCUCAGGGUGGUUGGGUCUCCCUUUUGCUGUCAUUCGUUUUCAUGUGCAUUAUGUUUGUUUGGCACUAUGGAACUCGCAAGAAGUACAACUCCGACCUGCACAACAAAGUUCCACUGAAAUGGUUACUUGGCUUGGGACCCAGCCUUGGUAUCGUUCGUGUGCCUGGAAUAGGUUUAAUAUACUCGGAGUUGGCUACAGGAGUUCCUUCGAUCUUUUCUCACUUUGUGACAAAUCUACCUGCUUUUCAUUCUGUAUUGGUGUUUGUUUGCGUGAAGUCGGUCCCUGUGCCAUAUGUAUCACCUGAAGAACGCUUCCUCAUUGGUCGAAUUUGUCCGAGACCGUAUCGCAUGUAUCGUUGCAUCAUAAGAUAUGGAUACAAAGACAUUCAGCGAGAUGACGGGAACUUUGAAAACCUGCUGAUUAAAAGUAUAGCUGAGUUCAUUCAGAUGGAAGCUGUCGAGCCGCAGUUCUCGAGCCCUGACAAUGCGUCAUUUGAUGGGAGGAUGGCGGUCAUAAGCACGAGAGAUGUUGGGUCUAGUUCAAGUUUAAUCUUAUCAGAGCAUGACGAUUUUGAUGCUGCAAGUAACUCCAUCCAAAGCAGCAGCAAAUCCUUGACACUUCAGAGUCUGAGAUCGGCAUAUGAAAAUGAGAACCCUCAAAUGAGGCGACGCCAAGUCAGGUUUGCAUUGCCAGAAAGCCCCGGUAUGGAUAUUGCGGUUAGGGAAGAGCUGUUGGAUUUAAUUCAGGCAAAAGAAGCUGGCGUCGCAUACAUAAUGGGGCACUCGUAUGUGAAGGCAAGAAGGUCAUCAUCUUUCUUGAAGAAGCUAGUAAUCGAUAUCGGGUACUCCUUUCUUAGGAAGAAUUGCAGAGGUCCUGCAGUUGCUCUUAACAUCCCCCACAUUAGCCUUAUAGAAGUUGGGAUGAUAUAUUAUGUGUAG